UAAGCACGUUUUAAAACGGUUUUGAAGCCUUUUAGGGUUACAAGAAUAUAUAUUAAUUUGUCUUAAGAGCUUUUAUACUCUGAACCAUAAUAUAUGUGGAUUGAAUUUAAAACUCGGAACUUAAAGGAUUAAAUGUGCUACAGCGAUGUCAAAAGCCACCGAAUCUGCCACAAAAGAAAGAUGUGCAGAAGGAGCAAUCAAUUUGUCAAAGAAUUCUCGGAGUUCAUCAGUUGACAGCAACAAUGAUGUACCUGAGGACUUGACUGGCAACAGGCUCAAGAAAACCAACGGCCUUCAUGAAAAGAGUAACUCGAAUUUAAUCUUCGUACCUCAAAGUAUAGUGGAACAGCAUAAUUCAGGUCAGAAUCUCUCAGCGCAUACAACCGCAACGCAACCGAUUCCACCUUAUCUACACCACCAACGUGUAAACUCAGAAACUGGUAAACGUUCGUAUCCAGAGGACGACGUGCUUUCCAUCGAUAACGAGAGUGAGGACCAAUACCAACCUUCACCUGAUGAUAUAAACGAUCUGGAUAUGCACAGAGGACAUGGAUAUGAUUUGGAAGAAGCAAAGCAGUUGGAGCAGCUGGAACUUUUCGCGAAGGAUUUCAAGCAGAAGCGAAUUAAGAUGGGGUUUACUCAGGGUGAUGUUGGACAAGCAAUGGGUUGUCUGUAUGGCAAUGAUUUCAGUCAAACCACCAUUUCAAGAUUUGAAGCACUGAACUUGAGCUUUAAAAAUAUGAUCAAGCUGAAGCCCAUGCUAGAAAGAUGGUUGCUGGAUGCUAAUAAUGUGCUACGAGAAUCAAAAGACGGUCAAUCAGUUGUUAUUCCCACUCCAAUCCAACUGGAUCCCAUUUCCAUCAGCAGAAAAAGAAAAAAGAGAACAAGCAUUGAUGCCAAGAAGCGGACUACUCUCGAUAAACAAUUUGAAAGGAAUCCUAAACCUUCAUCAGAGGACCUGCAAGCUAUUGCAGAGGAAUGUAAAAUGGAGAAGGAGGUAGUUCGUGUUUGGUUUUGCAACCGACGGCAAAAGCAAAAGAGAAUAUCGCAGCAUGAACAACAGGUGCAUGAGGAGAUGUCUCCACCUGACUCACCAAGAAACAUGGUUGUUCCCACCACCAGCUACUCAGUGCCGUGGCAGUUUCCUAGCAAUGAGGACGAACCUUCAACAUCAAACAACAUUCGGAGACAACCUGCAAAGGUUAACGAAAUCUCCCCCAUCGCCACUGUCAAAUCCUUCACUCAACCACAGAUAAAGCAGGAGAAUCACAAGUCCUCUAUGUCCUCCACUCCUCUUCCAUCUCUCUUUCCACAUCAGAUGCUCCCAUCCAAUCCCAACCAGGUAUCAUCAACACUUCUUAUUUCAUCAGCAGCAGUCACAAAAUCUAAGGAGAUUUUUCAAGCAGUAUCCGCUCGUGAUCCGAAGCAUAACGCUGAUACAGGUUUGGGUGCGGCGUUACCAAGCCAUUUGUUACCACAGCAUACACUGGACAACAUGGCCUACAAUCCUAGGUUGGUCCAGCCAAAUCACUCACGCCUACAAUCUAAACAAAGCAUUACCUCAGUGCCGAUUCCCGCGACUACUGUAUUAAAUUCACUGUUCAGUUUCGGCAACUCUUUUCCAAUGAGCAGCAACGUUCAACAGGCAAGAAUGCCAACCAACUGUGUCAACACCGCUUUCACAAUGAAUUCGAAAUCUAGCUCAGAAAGUUAACAUUUUUUGAUGUGAUUAAAAGUUCCAAUUUUAUUCUCCUAACUAUAAGACACUUGAAACGUUUGCAAGCAAGAAGCAGUGAGAAAACCAGUUUUUAUAUCUUUUCUAAUUCAUUUUGUGUUUCUUGACAUCAGCAAUUGGUACCACUUGUUUAUUUGGCAAGGUAUUGCAAUAGCAAAUAUUGACCUAAUUUUCAAUAAUGAAUUACCAGCAAAACGUAUUUACCUGCCUCAACAGGAAAUCUCAUUGCAUUUGUUAUUGGCUGACACCAAUGAAGCCAAAUAACCAACUCUUCAAUAUUUUUUUGCGGCUGUUCCACCAGCUAUAUUUUAACUGAAAUAUGUGCUAUCUCCCUCAGCACUAAAAACGUUAAUGUAGCGUUUUUUUAAGUAGAUGUAACUAUUCUUACUUGUGAUUCUUAAUUUUUAAAUAUGUAUACAUAUCAUUGUAGCACUUUGGCCCCGCACAGUUGAUAGCAACAAUGAACUAGUCUGUUAUCUGCAAGUUACUGUUAAAACGUAGUAUCUUAAAACUGAUUUUCACACUACGGUACAAGGACCCCUGAAUUAUCAAUUUUCCUAAUUGCUUACAAUUGUUUUAAUCAGACAAUUUCUCUUUGCACAGAAAUAUAAUUAUCAUCAUUCCUUCCACUUGUUUGCACUUUAAAAACUCACAGAAGCGUUUUAUCGUCUGCUGUGAUAUCUACAGCAUGUAAUGUUGCCAUGAUAAUCUGUGACUAUUAAGCGUUAAAGUGUGUGUGCCUUAAUUUGUGAUAAGACGUGCCAAGUUUCAUUGAAUAAACAAGCUAUAAAUA